CACCUGAUCAAUACUUCACUUUGACCUCGCGGCCUUGCGGUGAAAGGUCAUAAACUUGGAGGCCGGCUUUGCGUUACCAACACCACCGGGAAACAUUUCGUACCCGAUUCCAUUCACUUAAGUUAAGAAAUCGGAAAGCAAGUGUGCUUUUGUCAUAUUAUGGAUGUAUUUCAAGCUGUUUUAAUUGUGAUGAGCCCACACACACAAGAUUUCAAACGCGCUAUGUUUUCAGUUUUGUUAUUUUGGGUUGGCAGCGAAACCGAUACGUUGCGGUAGUCCCUGUCUUCGCGUCCUUCUGCUACUGCUACCCGUUGUUUUGCUCGCUCUAUUUUACGGUGUUUACCGUGUUUUCACCGAAGAUAAGCGUCAGUUCGUGACAGACACUCCUACGCCGGUCUUGCUAUCUGUUUUUUGAUCCGAGCGGGAAGGCGUAACACCGCGGCUGGGCGACGGCAGACGUACGAUGGUGUAUGAGCCUACGCCCGUGCCAAUGCCAAUGCCCUGUGUGUUUACAAACAUGACUUCGAUUGCAGUGUUCAGUGAGAGAUGGCUUGUAUCAAGACCAGCGGCUUGGGCAUUUAAUAUCAUACGCAUCCCGUUGGAAACAUAAUUUUUCUAUUCUUGCAAGUUCCACAGGUGCUCACCUGGUGAUCAAGAAUGUCAGUUCACUUCCUGUUACUGUUCUUGAAAUUUUCAACAGUGGUGGCCUUUACUUUGCCGCCCUCUCGUGAAACAAUUAGCGACUCAUCAUUGCGCCCUGAGAAUGAAAAAUUUGAAAAGACGUGCAGUAUGAAUGGGGAAAAUGAUGUGUUGUCCAUUCAAUCCUGGCAAGGUAUUUCACAGCAUGCACAAGGAUGUUCAGUACCUUAUUAUGGACCACAGGGGCAUGGACAGUACCCUGAAGAGGUCCACAUUGUUCACAUCAUGGAUGUUGAAAGGUUGGUUCGAUCUCUUUCGAGCCCACCCAAUGCCAUGGUUUCAGUUACCCUAUACCUUGAUGGUGCUCUCUGCAAAAAUAAGACCACUUUGUCAGAGCAGCAGGACAGGUUUAUGAGAAAUGGGUCAAAAUUUGGUGAAGAGCAAAGUAAAGUGAAGAAAGAGAACAUGCCUUCAGCUCUUAUCUUGAAAAAGGAACCACCUAUUCAUUCUCCAGAAUUCUUUGCAGCUCUAAGUCAAAGAGGUUCUCCUCAGCCUUCAGGAGGCACGGGCAUGAAUGAGGCAAGGCGGCCUUUGGUUCUCUUACUAAUUUCUGACCAGCCUGUCAUUUGGCAAAUAAAGCCCGGUACUUGUUGGUCGGAGGCCAUGGCAAGCAGCAUUCAAGCCAUGGUUGAAAAAGACUCUCCCGUUCACUCUGAUAUUUUGGUUGAAGUUGUUCCCAAGACCUGGGUUAAAAAAAUUAACAGGAAAAAUAUUCAGAGAUAUGCAAGAAGAACUUUCCAUGGAAUUGCAUCAUUUACUCAAAUCAGAGCUGCAAACUUAGUACGAAUUUUAGUAGGUCCAACCGGAUCAUCAGACGCCGAAAAUAGCCGUUUGAUAUCCUUGCGCAAUCGAAACAAGUUGAAUUUUUGUGACUUCAGCUCUCAUGAAGAGAGCAACUUGGUAUCAGCCUCCCUGUUUAUGCCACUUUCAGCAAAAAGUUGUGUCCUUGGAGAAAUGAAUUCCAUGAAAGUUUUUAUUAUGGAAGUUUUGUCCCUUCCUUUAACUGGAGACACAGUGAAUGCCAAAACUAAGAAUGGGUCCCUUGCUAUUUUACCUACAGUCACAGUGCACUUGUCUGAAAACAAAACUAUGAGUAGCAGUGACAUAACUUCUGCAGAGAGAAAUGUAACAGUGAUUUUGAAGUCGGAGCAAAAUGUCCAUUGGGUGGUGUCAUCAUUGGUUCAACAAUAUUUCCUAAACCUUGUGACAAAAAGCGAAGACACUAUUGAAUGCAUCAACGGUUGUGAUGAUGUAAAAUUAUCCUCUCUACCGGAGCCAUCAUCAAACUCCGAUUUCAUUGAUACUGUUCCAACUCAAAAUGGAUCUCCACCUCACCAGUUUAAUGUCAAUGAUUCUACAGGAUUUACACUAACACUCAAAGAUCCAAAUCAGCAAAUUCAAGACCAUGCCAAGUUUAAGCAGCCAUCUCCUGAUGUUCCUUUUCCACAACGGCCCAUUAGACCAGCAUACCACACGCCACCUGAUCUCGAUGAUGUGGAAAGGAGGGGAAAUAUUCAAACCAUCCUCGAGUCAGAUAUGGUUAUUACCUGUGGAGAAUCUGUCGAAGUUGUGGUCCCAGCUCCAGGUUUGGUGUCUCUAGGUGUCAACACCCUUCAUCUGAGAGAUCAAUCGUGUCGAUCACGUCAAAAUGGUACUCAUUUCAUUCUGUCAAGUUCUCUAAAAGGUUGUGGCUCCAAUACACACACUGACGGCAGAUCAUCUGUCAUUUCUAAUGAUGUUUAUGCUGACUUCUCAUCUUUAAAUGGCAAUGGAGUGAACUCAAGAAUGAAUCCAUUCCACACUCUUUCAAAUUCCAACUCACAAGCAGUAGAAGGAAUACCUAUAGCAUGUGGUGUCAAAUCAACACUUGAUGAGGAUGUUGCCCGGUCCAUCUUCAAUUCGAGGCAUGAUGUAGCAUCUGAAGAGGAUGAAGAUUCAGCUAAUUCUGCCCCAAACUCUGGUAGCUCAUCACUUUACCAGCUUGAGCUCUAUCACCAAGGUGGAUUGAGACUUGGCUCCACUCCUUUAAAAUAUGGAAGUUUGGUUGAUCUCAACGAUCGCAUACUUGUGAAAGCCUGGAUGGAUGACGCUCCCUCAGCACAAGCAGUGGCAGAAAGUUGUUGGGUCAGUAAUCUACAACAUUCCCCAAUAUGGCUACCAAAUCAAAAAAUUGUUCUUCUGAGUAGCAUGUGUCCAGUUGAGAAAAAUGUUAAAUUGGAACGUCUAUCAUUACAAACAAAAUCAUUUUCAUUCAGUUUCCUGGUAACUCAAAACAUUUUGCGUCUUGGACAACAAGUGUAUGUGCACUGCCAAGUAGGCUUGUGCAUAUCCAGUCUGAAACAUUCCAAAGGAAAACCUAUUUUGUGUGUGGACCCACAAGAAUUGUGUCAUAGCGAGAAUCUUCCAUCAGUGAAAAAGAACUUAUCUACUGCCCAUCAGCUUUUGACUCGCGGGCCUCUGAGGCUAUCCCAAGGAACUGAAACAAACCAUUCAUUUACAGCUGGUUUGCCUUUGGAAAAAAAAUGUUCAGAUAUGUCGACUUUCGCGUAUGCAUCACUUAUUAGUAUGGACAUGACUGUAGCAAUUGCAGUUGGCUCGUUUAUCAUUGGCAUUGGCCUUACAGCUACUCUUUGGUUUAUACACAACAAAACAGAGCCCAUGAUUCGUCGAGGUUGUCAUGUGAGAGAGCACUCCCUUGGAUCCCAGACUGCAGUAAUGGGCAGCAGCUUGUCGCCACACUCAGCAUGCUCCUCAACCAACUCGCAGUCAGCAAUUGCAUGAAGAGGGGACGUAUCUUGCAAUCAAUGGUCCACUUCAAAGAGUGUUUCACUCAUUAUUUACAGUUUUGUAUAUCAAGUAUAUAUUUAUUGUAAACCCAUGAAGACAUUGUGAUGGAUAUAUGCUCACACUCUGUCUCUUCUAUGCUUCAGUUUUGUAGUCAUUUUAAAAGAACUUUUUUAGUAGUCUUCCUGUUUUUGUAAUGCAUGUGUGGGAUUUAUUUUUGGGCCCACUUUGAUGUUUGUGUGAAUCAGUGUUUUGGGUGAGUUUCUGCCAUUGCUUCCUUCUCUAGUACAACCACUGCCAAUACCUCUUCCCUGUAACUGCAUGAGCGUUACUUCCAUUCAUUAAAUGAAUUGUAGACUAUUGAAACAAGAGAAAAGAAAUAUAUAGUUUAUGGGGUGACCUAGUUAUUUAGUUUAAAGAUGUUUAUGAUAACUGUUAUCUUUAUUUAUUGAUAGAAUUUUCAGUCAAACAGAGAAUAUAAUAAUAAUCCCUUAUAAAUAAUGAUGCUGCUCAUAUUUGUCAGUCUCAGUUCACCUUCAAGUACAAAGAUUUCAUAAAGGAAAAUUAUGUACAUUUACAACCUGGGCUUCUGGUUCCUUAUUGGUUGGGCCAUUUGCAAAGCCCAGUAUUCCAUUGAUGCCAGAUUUUGUCUGUGUGUGCGUAUGUGUGUGUAUGUGUUUCAGUCUGUGUCAGGUUUGGCAAUAGCUUAGGACUUAUUUUUCAUAUUAUUAGUUUGUUGACCUGGUGACCUGCUUUUGUGAUAAAAUUCAUGCAGUAACUUGAUACUGUGUUGAGAUAUUAGUAAUUUGCUCUGCAUUAUAAUGAAAACCUGAUAUCUGCCUUCCGACCCACUAACUCUCAUUAGGAAAUGUAAUCUUUGAGGUGACUCACCCACAAUUGUUUUUUGCUGACCUAUGUAGGACCUCAGUUUUAUAUAUGUGUUUGAAUGUACCCUAGGAAUUUUCUGAUUUGCUAAAUGUCAUAGUUGUGUGUUUGUCAAUGUUUUUUAUGGUCUUCUAAGCAAUAUAGUGUCCUUGACUAGUGAGUGGCCUUUGAAUUCAUGUACCUGCUAGAUUAAAUACUCAUGAAACGAUUUGAUGGACUUUGGAGUUUUGUGGUAAGAAACAUUGGACUGGUUGACCUGAUAUCAAUUAGUAGUACUGUUUAUACUUGCUAUGCUCUCAUAUGUAGCCAAAUUAUAAAUAAAAUCAAAAGACAGCA